GGUUGCUGUGUAUGGUUUGAAUAGUGCUAGAGGGGCGGGAGCAAGGGAUUUGGGACACCCUGUGGAGGUGAUUGGGAGCUGUUAGUGCCUUUGUGUGAGCCUCACUCAGAGCCACAUGACUUUGCAGGACUUCAGAAUGGCCUUCCAGGAGCCAGGAAGGUGACAUGUUGAAAGGACCUUGGCAUGACUUGUAGGGAUCUUGGCAUGACUGUGCCCCAUAGUCACAUGGCCACACAGGACCCUAGAAUGACCUGCCACGGCCUUAGGGGCCCAGGAUUGGUGGAGAGCUGAUGCAUUUCCUGGAGAUGGUUGCUAACAACUGAGUUGACAAAGGCAGCGGGUGAUGUUGGCUGGAGAGACCAGGAGGUUGCACCAGAGCAUACCAAAAACAGACUGCCUAAACACUGAUCAUAUAUCUGUCAUAGAGUUUAUUCAGUAGAGAGUAAGGUACGUCUAGUUAUUUCUUUCGGAGGUAGGGUGGAGAUGGCUUAAUUCAGGCUGCAGAUGCUGGAAAGGCUGAAGUUUGGAGCGACUUGGAAAAGAGUGUGCUUAGGCAAAGACUGAAGAUGCCCUUCUACAAAUCUGCUGCAAGCGUCCGCUCAGACAGCAGUGAGGUGGACUUAGAAGGCCUUGCCGAAGGCGAGUUGGCCAAACUCCAGCGCCAGUUCCGUCUCUUAGAAGGUGACCGUCAUGCCUACACUUUGGAAUCCCACGAAACCAUUCGCAGACAGAUGGUGGAGGUGAAGCGCUUGCAGAAGGAGAAUGAGGACCUUGUACACAGGCAGUCCGUGGCUGAGGGCCGCCCCAACCUUCAGCGGGAGAAAGCCCAUGCCGACAACUUGCGUAUCUUGCUGAGUCAGCGGGAUGAGGUGGAGCAGCAGAUAGCUGAAGAGAAGAAGCGACUGGCCGAGCUCGAUAAAGCGAUCCAAACCUGGCAGAAGCGUUCGGAUGGCCGAAAACAGGUGGUGGGCAGUGGGACCUUGAUCCAAGAACAAAAGGUUCAGUUGCAACGUAGGAUACAGACAAUGGAGAACCAGCUGGACAGGGCCUCUGCAGAAUUUGGUUCUCAGCUUGCUAUGAAUGCACAGCUACGAGAGGAUCUGGAUGUUCUCCGGCUAGGGCACGAUCGCUUUGAACAGCUUUAUCAGCAGCUAUACAAGGAGCUGAUGACUACACGCACAGCCAUUGGGGCCAUCAUCAGCACGUCGUCUGUGGCCUACGACGCAAGAGACGAAGCACGGACCCGCCUGGCCCAACUGCAGGACAAGGCAAAGAAGGAUCUUGCUCAGUAUGAAUCGGAGAUGAGAGAAUUAAACCGCAUCUUGGACCACGACCAUCGCAUGAGUGAAUUCAUUGCCAUCAAGCUGCAGGAGCGGAUGCUCACUGAGGAGGCAUUUCAGGCCAAAGAAAAACGAGAGCAAGAGCGCAAGGAGCAUGACCCUCAGGAGGAGAUGCUGAACACUUAUGAAAGUACUUUCAAGAGGUUCCUGAAGCUUACAAGCACCGACAACCUGGAGGUUGCUGUGGAAAAAUACACUGCAGUGGAUGAACGGAACUUUGCCCAGUUCAACUACGUCAAUGAGCAAAACAGUCGGAAGGAGCAGCUAUGGGAACAAAUCAACGAGCUCUGCCGUGAGAUAGAGAAGGUCCGAGAGCAGGGGGCCAAGAAGAUGAAGGAGGAGCAGUUGCGGCUACAGGAUGCUGAAUUGCGGCAGGAGGAAGCUGUGAACGAGACCAAAAGGAUUGAGCUUAAACUGAAGGGCCUCUACAAGAUUUGGGAGCAGCUCAAAAGUGCGAUUGAGUCUCUCUUCUGGAAGCUGGAGUGCGACCACUCAGUUCUGGAAAAAGUGCUUGGGGGAACAACAGCCGCACGGGAUGAGAACGUUCCAGUCUACUUGAGCUUGAUUGAGAGACAGACCAACAAUCUGUUAACUAUGUAUUCCUACUUGACCGCCGAGGAACAGGAACUGGCCUAUGAUGCUGUGGAAACAGUGCAACUGCUUUUUGGACAGAAGCCUCCGAUUCCAUUUGCUCCAGUCCACAUUCGGCCACCCACUGCUGGACUAAGCCAUGAUGCAAUCACAGAAGAAGACCAGAGACCCUUAACUCACGCCGAGCUCAAAGAAAAAGUCAUGAAGGAUGUCCUAAGCAAAGCAGAAGCACUUGCCAUUAAGAAGACCACAAAUGAGAACAAGAAACUACCACAGGUCUCUUGACUUGACUAGGGAUCUGUAUGAGAUCUGGUCCAUGCUGGGCAAAAGACAGAAGCCACAAUGUCACUGGCAGCCGGCAGGGUUGCGUUGCGGUCUUGUCCCUGCAUUGGUGCCCGUAGGCCAAUGCGUUCUGCAGUCUGCAGCCUUCCUCACAUUUUGGGAUGAUUGGUGUUUCUGGACGUAGCCCUCACCCUGGAGGAACUUCACUCUCCUGCGGGUUUUGGAUUAUCCCCUUUUGGCGAAGCUUCCCUUUUCCUGACUGUUCACUCGAUCAGGACUGAUCCACUAUGUAGAAGAUACAUAAUACACAGUGUGCACGUUAAGAGAAGUUUUUGCUCCCAUGCUGCCCAGUUCACUUAAGUGCCCUAACAAGAGAAUGUCUCUUGCAGUGUGUCUAUUUUAACUAUAUGUCUGCUUGCAACUUCUGCUUGAAACUUAUGAGGGAGGCUUCGCUAUGGGUUUCCACUAUGGUGAGCUGCUAUUUCUGGUUGCGUUCUGGAGCAAGAGUGCCCAGCUCUCUUCUGUUGGAGCCCUAGCAGCCAUCUUGUGUCAGAAAACUGGUGUGUUGGCUUCUUCGUGCUGUGAUCUGCUGGAGCCUCCAGAAGAGGGAAGUCCUCAGUAGCUCUCCAACAGAGUGGCAGAGGCGGAGGAGGGAUAUCCAGAGUCCAUUUUGAUGUGUGUGAGGGAACUGGGUGUGUUAUAACCCUUGGCCACAAGUUUUAACUGGUGUGUUGUUGUUUUUAAAGCAAACUAGCAUGUUCUUCAGUGUGGUUUUUGAACCACGUGUGUCUCUAAUAGGAGGCUGCAUCAGACCCACACAGAGCACCAAUUUACCACUGCCAGCUGUAGCCUCAUGAGUGGUAUAUGCAUGAGAUGUGAAAAUUACAUAUGAAAGCAUGCAUGCAAGCCACACUUUCUGUGGGGCAGUUUCUCCCAAUGUUUUUUUAAGUUCUUUUAGCCCAGAUUUUAAGAUUUUUUUUCUAAUCCCCAAUUACUUUAACAAGGAUAAUAUUGUCAGAAUCUGUUUCUCGUUAUGCCCCUUAUCCUUCCCCUUUGCUCCUCCUCAGUCUAUUUUCAGUCCUUCUACAAUGUCCCAGAGAAGAAUCUUGGGGAAUUAGAUCUAGCGAUGUGCAUGAACCAGUUCGGCGCCUCCUUAGGGAAGCGCCGAACCGGCUCGGGCACCCGCAGCGGAACCGGUUAAGUGGGGUGGGGAGUGGUUCCCUUUUAAAAAGCAGGUGCGCCACCCCACCACUUUUCCGGGCAAGGUGCUCACUCUCCAAAAGGCUACGGCGCACCUUCCUGCAGCCUUUGCAUGGUGUUCCGCACAUGGCCUCCAGGCGUGUGUGGUGGCCAUGUGCGUGCCGAUGCUGUGCACAGGCUGCAGGGAGCAGCGCUGCAGCCACAUGCAGCCUUUUGUCGAGUGAGCGUCACACCCAGAAAAGCAGUGAGGCUUGUGCAAGAGCAGGUAAGGACCUGCUUUUUCAGGGAACCGCUCAGCUCCUUGCCCUGUCCGCAGCUGUCUGAGCUUGUUUGGGCUCAUCCCUAAUUAGAUCCCCUCCCAAAUUGAUCAUCAUCAUCAUGGAAAAAAUCUUGAUAGUUUCACUGAAGGAAAAUGGAUGCAUUCUUUUGAUCCUGCCAUCCCUGUGGGCAUGGAAUGUGGGGUUGGUGUGCGUGGGGAGGGGAAAGACCUACCAGUGGGGCCUGGUGCCAAGUGGAGCCACAGUCCCAGUGACAGGUGAAAAAGCUUGUAUUGUGGUUUUUUAUUAUCAGUGUACAUUGGAAGCAAGAUGAUUAAAAUGUUGAACUGGUCA